AUGGAAGAAGACCCCCUCGCCUACCACAAGUCUGUCUUGAAGGAAGAGAUGUUGGCUCGGAGACUCAGACAAGCAGGAGAUCUCCGUAGAGUCUCCCAGACCCGUGAGCAACUCAUCAAUGAGUUUGCCAGUCGACCUUCGCCCUUUUCUCCUGUCGUGAGACAGAUCCCUCGUCCUAGGCCCGAGGACUUUUACAGGCCUUGUUACUUGCCCCUGGCCCAGCUCAAGAAGAUCUUUCUGAAAGAUCUCAAAUUUGAGACUCAUCAUCGCGGCAGUUUUCUGCUGCUGCGCGUCUUCUGCCAGCCGUUUCGCAAGGCGGCAGUCAUGGCUGCAGUAGAAGACGAGACUGGCGAUGUUGAUAGGGUAGCCCUCUUCCACACCAAGGAGGCCCUUCGCGCCUUCGAGGUUGUGCCAGAAGGUAGUGUGGUUUCCGUCAAGGAGCCAUUCUACCAUCUGGAGGAGGACGGCCGCUACGUUCUUCGGGUCGACCACCCGUCCGACAUGGUGGUCCUGGACCAGCACCAUAAGCUGUGUCCCGAGCAGUGGCAGAAUCAUGAGGAGAUGCGGCUGACGGCUCUGGAGUGGAAGCACGAAGGCGACAAAGCCUUUGUUAGGGAGGAGUACCUGGAAGCACACCGAUGCAAUACCCGCGGCCUGGCUCGUCUGGACCCCGACGUCGACGAGGGCGUGCGUGACCUGAUGCGCGACCUCUAUCACCACCGCUCAUCGAGCAAUCUCCGUCUGCACCGCUACGAUGCCACAAUUCCGGAUGCUUUCUUGUCGACUUCGAACGGCCGGGAUGAUGUAUCAAGAUCCAGCGACAUAGAAGCCUGGUUUCGUCGUGGUCUUGCUAAUUAUCAGCUCUGCCACUAUGCCGAUGCUCUCAAAGCCUUUGAGCGCAUGCUCAUGCUUGCUCCAUCAAGUUUGAAAGGCCGUGAAGAACUCAAGAAGACAAAGACGCGUCUCCUUGAGCAGCAGCAAGGAACAUACAACUUCGCAGAGGUCAUCGACGAAGUCACAAAGAAUGGCUUCUUUGCCGAUCGCGCCAGCUUCAUCUCCAAGACGGAAGUGCGUCAGACGCAAGAUCGUGGUCGAGGAUUAUUUGCUAGCCAGGACAUUCGAAUGGGCGAUCUGAUCCUUUGCGAGAAGGCUUUCAUGGCUGCACACCCCGACAAUCGUACACCAGAAUCGACUCUACCAGUAUGGCUCAACAGCGUUCAAAAAGUGAUCGACAACCCAUCGCAAAGCAAAGAUCUGCUUGGUCUGUAUGCUGGAGAACCACGUACAUCACUCGUAUCUGCUCCGAUGGUCGACGGCAGUCCAGUGGUCGACACUUUCAAGGUCUCCAGGUUGCUCGACCUGAACGGCUUCAGCUUCGUCGUGGGUCGAGAGUCACAAGCAUACGGCACCUCAGCGAUGAUGACCAAGACAAGCCCUAAAUCGACUGGCCUGUGGAUCCGCAUUUCCAACGCCAACCAUGCUUGCUUGUCGAAUGCCGUGAGAAGUUUCAUUGGCGAUUUGAUUGUUCUCAGAGCUGCCAAAGACAUCAAAAGCGGCGAAGAAAUAACCAUCUCAUAUCAGAACCCUGCGCCUCUCUUGGAAGAUCGCCAAAAGCUUCUUUUCAGCUCAUGGGGCUUCCGUUGCGAUUGUCUUCUCUGCACAUCAGAAGCGAGCCUUGGGGUCAAGAUGCAGACUCUUGCUGACCAUGUCGAGACUUCCAUGGCAUUCAUGGGUGACAGAAAUCUCAACGAUGUCCUUACCACCGAUUCAGAAUUGGUCAUGAUGGCUGAGAUUGUUGCAGAAGAUCUCGAAGAAGUCUAUGCUGACAACUUGAUGCAUCGUCUGCCGUGCUUAGGCAUGGCCGAUGUCUGGCAAUGGCUCAGUCAGACUUACUGCCAGACUCGUAACAGAAUCCAACUCAAGCGCUGUGCUACCAAGAUUCUUGAGAGCUACGGCUACUGGAUCACCGUGCAAGAUUCCAGCAUAACUAUAGAUUGUGCUCAUGGUAUCCCAGCGGUUGGGGUUGUGGAGGCCAUGAUGUAUCUGUCUUGUGUGGCCGAAGGAGAGCAGAAGGUAGAACUCAGUCAAGAGUUCAAGACCUGGGCCAGAAAGGUCUACGAAAUCGUAAACGGUAACAUGAUGGGUUUCGAAUUGAAAUACUGA